AGCUUUCAUGUCGGCGUCCGGCGUGUUUCUGUUUUAACACGUUGUUUACCUUACCGUGGUCUGGUUUACACUACCCAUUCAUUAUAAUUGCUUCAUCUACUACAGUAUUCGCAUACUAGUAUAUCCGUGACAUUUCCGGUAAUUCACGAGUUGGUUCAAUAUAAGAGUAAUUUCUCAGACCGUGCUUCUCAAUCUCAAGUUCAAAAAUGAAAAUUAAGCGCUACAAGUUAGCUAGGAAAUAUCUAAGUUUUUAUCGGCAUAACUACGGUUUCAGACAACCUCACCAGAUACUAAUUGAUGGAACAUUUUGUAAAGCAGCUCUGCAUUUCAAAAUCAAUAUCAAAGACCAAAUGUCAAAGUACCUUGGAGGUGAAAUACAGUUACUAACAACACAAUGCUGUAUUCUUGAAGCAGAAUCUCUUGGAGCAUCAACUUAUGGAGCAAUGCUGGUUUUAAAGAGAUUCCAACUACGUAUAUGUGGUCAUAGGAACAACCCUGUACCAGCAGCAGAGUGUAUACAAAGUAUGAUUGGUGCAGACAAUAGUCACCACUAUUUCGUGGCCACACAGGACCCAGGGUUGUCUCGUCAAAUGCAAAAGGUUGCAGGAAUUCCACUUCUGUAUAUUAACAAUGCAAUUAAUUUUGCAAAACCAUCAAUAAUCACGACGAAAACAGCUGAAAGAUCUAUACAAAAAAAAAUAAGACCAUCACAGCAAGAACACGAGACAAUAAAAAAGUUGAAAUCAUUCGUUGGUACUGAUAAAAUAGAAACAAAAAUACAGAGAAGGCGGAAAAUAGCGAAAGGACCUAACCCUUUGUCAUGUAAAAAAAAGAAGAUUAAGCGUCUUGAUGAAAAUAAAGAGGGACAGAGAAAAAGAAAAAGACGGAAAAGAACGCGUACAUCAAGCCAUACAACUGUGUAAAGGUGGAGUUUAAAACAAUUAGACAGAUUUUGUCUUGGACAGGGUUGCAGUAAUUGCCUGUCCCUUUACUGUAAAUAAAGAUGCAAUGUUUUGGGCAUUUAUGUUUACCCU